UAGGGCGGAAACGUGUCGGUUUGCUCGUUAUAAGUGCAGGAAGUGCGGUGUUCAAGGCCAUCUCAAACGAAUGUGUAAAACAUUAGCGGGGCAGCAUUAUGUUGAGUGCCGUGAGGAUGUCGAUGACGAUGUGCUUACAGAGUGACAAUUAUCGGGGCAACCGGGAAGUAGACUUUAACCAGGGCGAUUUAGUGCUAGUUAGACUUUAUAAUCAACAAAGACAAUCAUGGACCCGUGGUGUAGUAGUCAAGAAAAUCGGCAAUUCUUUGUACUUAGUACAACUCAGCUGCAAUGAUCAGAUUGUUAAAAGACAUGUAAACCAACUGUUAAAGUAUAAGGGGGGAGAAGAUGGAUGUUGCGAACAAAAACCGGCGACAACAGAUACCGUCCCCGCCUUCAUACUGCCAGUGGAGCAGAGUGCGGAGCAACCUCCUAGUACGGAGGAGUCAACACCUACUGCUGAGUCUUCAGGGACCUCGAACGCUCAACCGGCAACUAAUAUCUCCCCCGAAGAUCAAUCUGAGAGCAAUCCAGAGGACUGGUUUGAUUGCGGCAAUGAAAUUGGACAAACUGUUGAUGUCACACCAGCGACGCCCCCCGAGUCUGUGUGUGAACCUCAAACCACACCUCAGAGGGAAGUCUCCACACGUUCGAGACGGCCUAGGCGCGUUGUAGACUACAAGAAGUUUUUUUGAAUAAAGGUGGAGGGAUGUUAUAAUAUUAAGCUACUAAGCGGGUACUUUGU